AUUUCGGAUCUUCGCUUUGCUAUAGAAUUCGAGUUCGAAAAUUUUACGCGAAUAUCGCGAAGUUGUGAUUGUAAAGAGAUUUUGUUAGAGUUAACUUUUAGACGUUAAUUCGGAAUUAAAAAAAGCAGUCGUCGUGCGAGCCGCGUAAUUCACAGUGCGGCGCGUUGCAUGUAGUGCAGUGUUUUCUAGUUCCUCGAAAAUCUGGCACUUUCGGAACAAAAGAAGCAACCGUUAGUUGUUGGAAACUUUAAUUACUGUCUGGGCAAACUUGCAGCCAGAUGGGCAAAGUAAAAAAGUUCCUUCGCUCACCGAGAAAACUAAUUGCCUGAGACCGAUCUCCGGGCGAUGUUUCCCACUUUCGGACCCAACCUCGUCGGCAUUGGCGUCGAUGGCAGCGUUUCGUCGCGUAACGCUCCCUCCUCAAGGAAUUCCAGGUCCUGCGAGGGUUUUUGCGACAGGGCCUUCGACUGCCUGGUGUAUUUCACGCGGUUCUGUGGCAUCCUGACUGCUAUCGUAUUGGCUGGAGUUGGAAUAGACUUUUUAUAUCAUCAACGAUACCCUGGAUAUUAUAUAAUAUCAUUUUCAAUAUUCGUCUUUAUUGCAGAAAUUUUAUGGGUCGUCACACUAUUUUUAAAAGUUAGUAUAAGAGCCGAUCACAAAAUAUGGAGGAUAUGGAAAUACGUCAUGCUAAUGGACGACUGGAAGAAGAGCCCAUUCUACGUACUGAUAGGCCUCAUGACCUUGUACAAACCCUAUAAACUAUGGCUGGUGUAUUUGGCUGGAGGCUUGGCCAUCUCCUUAGCCAUUCUGCACAUCGUGACAUCGAUAUGCCAGAAGAUCCACAGAAGAAAACGGAAGAGAAAGGAACACAGAUUUGGGCAUGGCGAUUUAGAUAGUUUGGAAAGCAGUAAAUUUGAAGAAGUAACAGAAGUCUUGGACGAUGGUAUGCCAGAACCCAUUGCUGGUAGUAGCGUGUCUCUAUCGGACAGUUUGCAUACUGAACAAGAUACUAUUCUUGAAAUUUGACCAGAAGUACACCAACCACCAGAUCUAUAUAAGCACAUCAUAAACUGCACGCAUUGGAACGAAACAGAUCCCUGCAGCCAGGAUGUAGCAUUAAUUUUGUAAAUACAGCUAAUAUAUUCAAAUAUAUGUUUAUUGUCAAUAAAAUGUCCUUUAUUGUAAAUUAUUGCAUCUUAUUAAUACUUUCAACGUAACCUAUAAGUUGUGUUCUGCAUAACAUAUCUAUUAUUGUUACGCAUUUAUUUGUUAAAAUGUA